CUUUCUUCAUCUUUCUUUUUAUUUCUAUUAUCGUGCUGCCCAUAUAUCCACAGAAUGUCAGUCGAAGCCUCCCACCCCUCCAGUCGUGCUAGUUUCGUGAUCGCAAUCAUAUGCCCACUUUCCCCGGAGGCGCAAGUCGCGAUACCCCUCUUUGACAAGGUCUAUGACAGAACUGUCUAUGAGAAAUAUGGGCCUGUGCGGAAUGACCCCAAUCACUAUACGCUGGGCCGCAUUGGCCGUUACGAUGUGGUUCUGGCCCACAUGGGUGGUUGUGGGAAAGCCGAAGCAUCCAGCGUGGCCAGUCAUAUCAAACAAAGUUAUCCGGGCAUCGAACUGGCCCUGUUGAUAGGGAUCUGCGGAGGAGUGCCUUACAGGACGAAUGUGGGUCCAACACAACCGAGGAGAGAUGUUUUUCUUGGCGAUGUGAUAGUCAGCGGCGCGAUUAUUCAAUAUGACUUGGGGAAAAAGUUGCCGCACCGAUUUGUGCGCAAGAAGACUUUGGAGUCCAAUCUAGGUCGAGCGAGUCAGCAGAUCCGGACAUUCAUUUCCACCCUAGAGGCACGUCAUGAGGAGAUUUCCAAGGCCCACCGGAAGUAUCUUCAGACUAUACAAAAUAGCAAGGAUGUGCCAUAUCCUGAACCCAAUAGCGACAUCUUAUUUAAGCCUGAAUACAAGCAUCGCUCACACUGUCAGUGUAUGCGUGUUGUCAGCGGGGACGAAAGCGUUGUGGACCGCCGCCGUGUGGACUCCGAUAAGAUUCCCUAUAUCCAUUUUGGCCGGCUUGCCUCGGGGGAUACCGUGAUGUGCUCUGCCAAAGAUCGAGACAAGAUUGCCAAGCGCGAAGAAGUUCUUGGAUUUGAGAUGGAAGCGGCCGGCGUAUGGGACAGUGUCCCUUGCAUCCUGAUCAAAGGAGUAAGCAACUACGCUGAUAGCCAUAAGAAUGAUACAUGGCAAUAUUACGCCGCUGCAAGUGCAGCGGCUUGCAUGCGUGCUCUCCUAAAUCAGACUCCCAUCUCGAACGCGACACCCGCAGAGCCCUCUGAGGUCUACAGUAGCGAACGGGAAAAAGCGUACCUUGACUUACUAACUUUCCCCCAGGCCCAGUAUCGCCUGGAUGAAAUCCUGGAUGCCCACGAUACAACAUGCGCUUGGGUAUUAGAGCGACCCGAAUUUAAGACGUGGAUGUGCGGGGAGGAUUUGAAAAGCCACGGAGGUUUUUUCUGGAUUAAAGGGAAGCCAGGAGCCGGAAAGUCGACGCUCAUGAAAUACCUUCUUCCAAAGGCAAAGCGAUCUAAAACUGACACAGUCAUAUCUUCUUUCUUCUUCCAUGCCCAAGGGGUGGACUUGGAGAGGUCCACUGUGGGUAUGUAUCGUUCCCUCUUGCACCAACUUCUCUCGUCUACCGCCAUUUCAUCAAGUGCCAAACAGCCCUACUUCAACCUUGCAGCGAAGAUGCUAAGCCAAGAUGACGGGAUAACUUGGACGAUCAGAGACUUGAAGCAUCAGCUCUUAUCGAUCAUCCGGUCGCUGACCAACCGCUACGUGUUUGUUUUUAUUGAUGCUCUGGAUGCAUGCGACCAAGGCGAGAUGGGUGACAUGAUACCCUUCCUCGAGCACCUGGGACACUCUUCGAACGCAUGCGGCGUUCAUUUGAGAAUCUGCCUGGCAAGCCGACACUAUCCACAACUCAACAUUGAACGUGGCAUUGAGUUGGUCCUGGAGUACCAGCAGGAGCAACAAGGCGACAUGCGAAAGUACGUUGAGACUGAGUUAAGAGGGGGCAAGUCCAAGAUGAUCCAAGAAAUCAGAGAAGAAAUUUGCGCCCGAGCAGCCGGCGUAUUCCUCUGGGUUACACUUGUGGUUCGGUCGUUGAAUGAUGCGUUCGCCAAGGGCAAACUCCACGCCGUACCUUUUACCGACAUGCUGACCAGAGACACCAACGAUAUUAGCGAUCUUAUCUUCUGUCUUCAGCUCGUUUUAUUUGCGCACCGUCCGUUAUCCAGGGAUGAGCUUUACUUCGCCGUCAUGUUUGCGAAAGAUGGCUUGAUCAAAAGAGACGGCGAAUGGCACAUUGAUCCCCACAUCGAAAAUUUCAUCCUCAACAUCUCCAAAGGCCUCGUUGAAACCGCCCGAUCCAAAUCACGCACUGUGCAUUUUAUUCACGAGUCAGUGCGGGAUUUCUUACUGCGGCGGGACGGUUUCAGCAAACUUCAGGCUGGGUUGGGCGCGAACGCAGUCGGGAACGCCCAUGAUGAGCUUGCACAACUCUGCUUUCGAUACAUAUGCCAAUUCAAGUUGUUAGCCGCGGAUGAUAUUCCAAAACUCUAUGCUUCUCCACGUGCAGCAAAGAUAAAGUACGUCGAGUCAGAAGCCCCGUUUCUCGACUAUGCUAUUCAUAGCCUCCUACCUCACAGCAAUGCGGCCGAGGCUGCAGGUACUUCGCAAGAUGCCUUCCUGGAAACGUUUUCUUUGUCCUUCCAUGACUUCAAGGACAUCCGUAAUGCCCUGGAACCUUAUCACACCCGCCGAUAUAGCAUUAAAGUGACGGCUCUGUAUGUCCUGGCAGAAUUGAAUUUGGACCACCUCAUCCGUCUAGAGCUCCUACGCACACCGCCGUUGUGGAAGGAAAUGGGAAGGUAUCACAGUCCAAUGGGUGCAGCUGUCUACGCGGGUAACACGCUUGCGAUUAGAGCCCUGCUUGGCUGCGAUCCAAGUGCAAGUACCUCUGCCGACAAUUCGCUGCUCAAGCCGGAUGUUAUUGAUCGCAUGAAGCAUUAUGUGGUUGGCAGCAAGCAAAUUCGGAUGCGAUUAGGUCAUUCGAUGGCCUUGUUUCUGGUGGAGUACGCUAUUGAACGUGGCCAUGUAGCAGUAUUGAAACUUCUCCAACAAACCGGCGAAAUUGAUUUGAACUACAAGCUCAAUAAUGGUUACCUGCCCCUUAUUCAUGCGGUCAGGUGUGCAAAAGCAGAAAUAUUUGAAUUCUUGCUCGGCAAUGCCGGAGUCAAUCGUGGCAACCGAGAUGCCAGGAUUGGUACAGCCCUGCGUAUUGCAAUCAGCGAAGGCAAACGGGAUAUUUCUAAUGUCCUACUUUACCAUGCAAUGAGUCGCCAUUGGAUGAACUCUUUCGGGGAAUGUGCCUUCCAUUGGGCAGUAGCCGGAAACCACGGGCCUACAGUUAGACGGCUCAUUGGGCUUGGCUGCAACGUAGCAAACCGCGAUGGAAGCGGGCGAGAUGCCUUAUCACAUGCCGCCGAACAAGGCAAAGUCGAGAUGGUGAGAAUUUUGAUUGAAAGCGGAAUGGUGGAUAUAGAUGGGAAAGACGAUAAAGGAAGGACGGCUUUCUCAUGGGCCGCAGGACCAGACAAAUAUAAGCUAAAUCAUUCCCCUAAGCCAAAACAAGACUGGGAUGAAUUGCAGAAGGAGGUCAUGUAUGUGCUACUCAGCACAGGAUGCGUUGACGUGAGCUCCAGAGAUGGAUAUCAAUGGACGCCCUUAUUUUGGGCUGUUAAGGAAGAUAAGCCAGUAGCAGUGGACAUUCUUCUUGAGGCCUCGGACACCGAGGUUGACUGCAAAAGAUUGACUGAAAAGACGUCACUUUCGGUGGCAGCGUCUGGCCUUGCGGAUAUCAAUACUCAGGAUAAAUUCGGCCGAACACCAUUAUCUUGGGCUGUUUAUCCAUCCUGUAGUUCUCCACGCCCAUCAGUGAGACCUUCAGCAACAGAAACCCCGUCAUCUUACCCCAGGAGAGGGUAUAGGCUAGAAGUUACAUCGGGGCUUUGUGCAGUGCCGGUGCUGCUGGAUUGGCCGACAAUUGAUGCCAGCCUUGCUGAUUGCUUUGGCCAUCCACCAAUGUGGUGGGCCCAUGUUUUCAGGAUUCUUCUGCCUUCAUCCCAACACGACGAGCAAGAUAGAAUUAUCCAAUUGCUCACAGCUCAUCUAUCUAAAAAGGAUAAAUCCAUUAACAACGCGGUUCUGUCACCAGAUAGGGAAACCUUGGAUCGUGAGAUCCAGCUGGUUGCAGCUUCCUAUUCACCGUCUUAUGAUUGA